AUAGUGUUAAUAGGUGCGAAAAGUGGAGGUACAAGAGAGACGGAGUCACUUGUUUAGUACCCAGUUUCCUAUAGCUCUCCUGCUCUCCCUGCUUAAUAAAACUUCCAAAGAUUACCUUGCCUCUAGUGUUAAUUCAACGGAGACAUGCCGUACGUUUUCCAUACUAAAGUUAUUCAGAGCAUAUUGGACCCUGUGGCCCAACAGGUCUCUCAAUUAGUGAUACUUCACGAAGAAGCUGAAAAGGGUAGGAUUGUGUCCGAUCUCGUCCAACCAGUCACUGCAGUCAAGGCUGCCGUUGAUAACCUUGUGGAAGUUGGUAGGCAGACAUUGAAAUCUGCCAAAGAUGAAAAGGUUCACACAGACAUGCCUCCUACAUUUGAAGCAAUAGAGUCAGCUUGUACCCUUUUGUUGCAAGCAGCCAAAGGACUUAGUCAAGAAGAACAGACUCCUACUGAUAAGAAGAAGCUGCUUGAUGGAUCUAGAGGUAUUCUGCAAGGUGUGUCACACCUUUUGUUGGUAUAUGAUCAAUAUGAAGUGAGGAAAAUAAUUAAAACAUGCGAAGGAGUCAUUGACUAUAUUAAAGUUGCUGAGAUAGUCCAGAGUAUGGAGGAAUUGCUCCAAUUUACAAAGAACCUUUCACCAGCUAUUACUAACAUGACCAAGCAAGUUGACGGCAGGAGAGAAGAUCUCACCAAUGCAUCACACGCUGCCAUACUAGAGGAUGAAUCGGAACAAGUAAAGAAAGGAUUGCCUCUGCUUCUCUCUGCUAUGAAAGCAUUUGUGACCAUCAAACGUGAUGGCCGUAAGGGAGCUGAAGAUGCUCAAGAAAACAGGAAUUAUAUUGUUGGUGCUAUUACUGACUCAAUCCGUGAGAUUAUUCGUGUCCUUCAGUUGACGUCACCCACUGAAGAGCUAGGGCCUCUUGCUGGAGCAGGGGAUGAAGGAGCUUGGGGCGCUCCGCCCGGUUCAAUUGCAGCCAAAGUCAUUCAAGCAAAAGAGCUGUUAGAGGAAACUGGAAAGAGCACAGAGACUGAUGAAGCUGGAAUAAUGGCCGUCUCAUCCGUUACAAGUGAAGCAAGAAUAUUAGCCCAAGCAUUUUCUCCUGAAAAAAGGGCAGAGAUUGAGAAGAUUUGUGAUGAAAUUGAUACUUUGGCAGCUGGUCUUGCAGCGCUACAAGCAAGAGGAGAGGGUUCCAGUGCUGAGGCAAAGGCACUUGCAGCUGCCAUCAGUCAGAAACUUGAUGUUUUGGAGAAGGCACUAAAAACAUCCACUACAGCAAAUAUUGUUACUGAGUUUAAAGAUCCAUUGAGACCUCUUCAAAACCUCACCGAAGCAGCUCAAGCAGCAGUUGGCACACCUGGAAGAGAUGAGAAGUUUGCUACAAGAGUCUCAGAGUUUGAUAAAGCUAGCAUCAGAAUGGCCGAGACUGCUCAUGAUUUUGCUAAAUCUGGUGGAGUAAUGGACAAAAAAACUGCCAAUGAUAUCAUAUCCACAUCAGGAAAAGCUAAAGCUCUAGCCCCUCAAGUGGUCCAUGCUGCCAGGAUGCUCUUUAACAAUCCUGACAAUGAAGUUACUAAAGAGCACUAUGGUCAGAUAAAGGACGACUAUCAAGGUGAAGUACUGAAGUUACAAAAGCUGGUCGAUGGGGCAGUUGAUCCAGUCGAAUUUGUAUCUCUAUCAGAUGAGCAAAUAAAGAGAGAGGUUGAAGAGGCUAAGGCGGCCAUUAAAGCUGGUGACCCACAGAAAGCUUUCAAUCAUGUCUCCAAUGCAGCAAGGCUGGCCAAUAGAGUGGCUCAGAUGGCUAAGAGUGAAAUGGCUAAUACUGAAGACCCAGCUUAUUCACAGGAGCUACAAAGGGUUGCUGACAAUGUCACAUCAAGUAUUGCCCCUAUGGUUCAAGCUGCCCGAGCUGCUAUACAGCAACCAGCUAGUGAAGUUGCUCUUGCUCAAUUCUCACAAAAAGCAGAAAAGCUUUCUAAGGAAGUUCGUGAGGUUUACUCAGUUCUUGAUAAUCAUUACAAUCCUCCUCCUCCUCCCUCUCCUCCUCCCCCACCCACUCCACCUCCUCCCGAAGAGCCUCCUUCACGUCCUCCUCCUCCAGAAGACACAGCUCCCGAGAGACCUCCUCCUCCUAUGGAAGAAAUUGAUGAAAUGGAACAGGAGGCUCCUCUCCAAUCCUCCAAUCCUAUUGCUUUUGCUGCUCAUCAUCUUCACCAAGAGGCCAAGCAGUGGGAUGAUCAGGAUAACAAUAUGGUUGCUGCUGCGAAGAGGAUGGCAAGAAUGAUGAUGAAAAUGUCAAAGUUUGCCAGAGGUGAGGAGGGUGAGAUAAAGACCAAGGCCGAUUUUAUCAAGAUGGCACGUCUCAUUGCAAAAGAGAGUGAAGAGGUUGUGAAGCUUGCUAAACAAGUUGCAAAUGCUUGCACUGAUAAACGUAUGAAGAGGACUCUCCUUCAAGUUGUUGAUGCACUCCCUACUAUUGGAACACAGCUCAAGAUCAUAGCAACAGUUAAAGCUACCAGACAAGGAGGAGAUGAUCCUGAGGCUGAUAAAGAAGCAACUGAAAUGUUGACUGACAAUGCUCAGAAUCUCAUGAAGGCUGUGUCUGAAGUUCUUUAUGCAACAGAAGCAGCUGCCAUCAGAGUACCUCCUGAAAUCCGCUCCACUCUAUCCGGUGUCACUUGGGUCAAGAAAGGGAAAUCCAAAGCUUCCUAAGUCUGCCAUUUCACAACGAGGGUCUCCAAAGACGUUAAUUUUUACUUGAUCAAUUUUUUUGUUUUAAACCUUUUCAUUUUUUCCCAAUCAUUGUAGUUGUUAGUAGGCAGCAACUUAUUAUUAAUUUGUAGUUUUAUUCUUAUCCAUCAUGAUGUUGAUUCAUGUAUGCUUAUUUUAUUUUUUUGGAAUGAUGCUUAAUGUUAACCUA